GUGUGACCCGGAAGAGCUCGGCUCCGGCGGCAAGCGGCAAGACGCGGGGUUCAAGAUGCCGCGAGGAAGGAAAGGUGGCCAUAAAGGCCGGGCCAAGCAAUUCACCGACCCCGAGGAGCUCAAGAGACAGAUGGAAGCGGAUAAGCUCAACCCUCCCAGUGUGGACGGAGAGGACGGUGGCGGAGCGGCAGCGUCAGCAACGCAAGAAUCCGAAUCGGAAUCUGAAAGCAGCGACGACGACUCGCUGCAAAAGCGUAAGGGCGUGGAGGGGCUCAUCGACAUAGAGAACCCCAACCGCGUGGCGCAGCGUAACAAGAAGGUGACGGACGUGACGGUGGACGAUGCGGCGCCCCGGGAGCUGUCGCGUCGCGAGAGGGAGGAACUGGAGAAACAGCAGGCGAAGGAGCGCUACAUGAAGUUGCACCUGGCGGGGAAGACAGACCAGGCCCGCGCCGACCUCGCCCGGUUGGCGAUCAUCCGCAAGCAACGCGAAGACGCGGCGCGGAAACGCGACGAGGACAAGAAAGUCAAGGAUGUGCCUGCGAAGGGAGGAAAGGCCUAGCAGUGAAGGCUUCGUCUGGGAAGGGGUCGGGGGAACCGGGGGGCGGGGGGGGGUGAGAGGGAGGGGACGACGACGGGAGAGGGGGGGGGGGCCUCCACACCAAGGGGAGCUACGGAGAUGGAGCAUGCGAGCUAGCGAACGAGCGAGGCGGCGUGUAUGUGUGUGUGCGUGCCAGUGUGUGUGUGCCAGUGUGUGUGCCUGCCACUGUGUGUGUGUGUGUGCUUGCCAGUGUGUGUGUGCGUGCCACUGUGUGUGUGCAUGCCACUGUGUGUGUGCGUGCCAGCACGUGUGUGUGUGUGCCUGCCGCUGUGUGUGUGCGUGCGAGCGAGCAUAGUGCCUGUUAACAUGUGAGAGGACGCUUAUGCAAGUGUGAGCGAGUGUCGGUGGGUUUGUGCGUGAGCAAGUGCGGAGUGUUGUUGAGCAAGUCUCUGUGAACUAGUGGGUGUGCAGGCGAUUGUGCAUACCAAUGUACAAAAAAGAACACGCACUCGUGUGUAAGUCUGUGUGUGCGCGCGUGUACGAGCGAGUGUCCGAGCGAGUGUGCGUGUCUGAGCGAGCACGAGCGAGGGAGUGUGGUCAGACGGCACGCGCUUCGGAUUCGGCGCGAGGGGUCGGCGCCACACGUGUGCCGUGAGGUCCGGAUCUAAUUGAAUCAUCGAAUUGAACAAUUUUUCUGAGCGCGUGAGAGAACGGCCGAAACCCCGAAGCGGGCUGCCCCCUGGCCAACGCGCCAUCGCCAUCUCGGGGGCAGUCACGUGACCGGUGCCGCCACUCACCCCCCCCCCCAGCCCUCCUCGGCACCUGCCGCACUGCUUGCGAGAUUUUUUUUUGCCCAAAGCAUUUGUUUUAAGUUAACAAAAAAUAUAAAUAAACGGAGAGCACGAAAGGCCGGCUUGGGAAUUGUGAAGCGACGUACAAGGGCGCGUGAGGAUCAAGUGGAAUGCCGCUGACGGUGUUGGUGGCGAUGGUUUUGGUUGCGAGCGGUUGUCAGGUUCCUCCGCGAUGCCCCCCCCACCCCCCCCUCCCCCGGGCGUGCCACGUAUGUAACAUGUCGUGUACGCACGGCUGAUUCGGUGCGAUCCUGGACCCAGCACCGGGGUUGGGUGUGCACCGACAGUCCUGUAAAUUUCUCAAACUCAAAACA